CGCCGCUGGCUGGAGAAGAUGUUGAACUUUUGAAAACCCGGCUUUGCAGAGUGUUUGGGGUUUUGCAUGGAAGGGGUGGGGAAAAGUUAGAUCAAACCAACGUGUUUUAAAUCUGCUGAUGAUAUUAACGCCCCUCCCCCCCGGGUGUUUUGGAUUUCUCCUUGGGCUGGGUCGCACUUCUCUUGGGCAGCUGGUGGUGUGGGAGCUCAGGGCCAAAGGGAAACAGCAGCACCUCCUCCAUCCCUGCUCAGUCACAGAGUGCCUUGAAGCGGAGCACAACAGAGCGCCUCUCUGUCUCUCACGUAGCCAGCAGCUCCCCCUGAUCCCUGGGCCACUCAGGGCUGCAUGCAGGAGCCGGACAGGGAUCCAUUUGCUUUUUUAAUUAGGGAGACAGCUUUGCCAUUUUCUCCUCUUGAAGGGAGGAAGGGGCUUGCAUUUCAAUGGACUUGAAUCUGCUUUGUUGUGUGCGUGCGUGCUGGGGAGCAGAGACAAGCACCGAGGUUUUGAAUGCCAUCUUCAGACCAACUCUGCCACAUGGCUGGGAAGGGUAACGAACUGACUGCUUUAACCAGGAGCGGUCUGCAGGCAGCUCCACCAUGUCAGACAGCGACCUCGGAGAAGAUGAUGGGACUGCCUCUCUGGACCUGUUGCAAUCGAACAAGAGGAAAAGAAGGGGGAACCUCCCGAAGGAAUCGGUGAAGAUCCUCCGAGACUGGCUCUAUGAGCAUAGGUUCAAUGCAUAUCCAUCUGAGCAAGAGAAACUCAGUCUGUCUGGACAGACCAACCUCUCUGUGUUGCAGAUCUGUAACUGGUUCAUCAAUGCCCGGCGGCGGCUCCUCCCCGACAUGCUGCGCAAGGACGGCAAGGACCCCAACCAGUUCACCAUCUCUCGCCGAGGGGGCAAGACCGCAGAUGUGGCCCUGCCCCGUGGGGCCACCACUGGCUCUGGGGUGCUGGUGAUGCCUCCUGUGGCUCCCGCUACGGCUGCUGCCACUGCCACCCCCAAGGUGCUGUCCAUGUCUGUCUGCCCGCAGGUGAUCUGCCACCCCACGCAGCCACUGGCCAGCAGCCUGACCGUGGUGAGCACCCAUGGGGCUGAGCAGGAGAAGCAGCCCCCCUUCCCCCGGAUGGAGCUGGACCCCCACCCCAAGGCUCAGCUGAGCACAACAAGCAGCACCAUGGUGCUGUUGGCCAGGACGGACGCGGCCAGCCCCACCAACGGACUCUUUAACACCCCACCCCCCACACCGCCCGAGCUUUUCGGAGAGGACUUCAGCAGCUUCCAGCUGCUGGUGGAAGUGGCGCUGCAGAAGGCGGCCGAGCUGGAAUCGCAGCGGCAGAAUGGGCAGCUGCCCCCAUUAUGGCACACAGAGCCCCAGGCUGCCCCAGUCUCCAAAUAACCUGCUCUGUGCUGGCUCCAGCUGGGUCUGCCCACCCUUCCUGUCUUCUAGAGCUUUGUUGGGUUUGGCGUCUGCCGGCUGAAGGUGGUGGUGGGUUUUUUGUUUUUGUUUUUUGUUUUUCUCGGCAGUGAAGAUCCUCAUCCCAGAUGUUACACAUCCUUCUCCCACCAGGAGGGGACCCAAGGAGCCUGACCGCAUUCGGACCUCCACAAAGCAGCCCUUGUGGACUGCAGCAUCUUCAUCUGGAGGGACGCGUGACCCUUUUCAUUGUCACGAUGUUCGGAAGCUGUCAAGCAUCCCUCGCACCUUUGAUUGCACCCGGGGUUUCUUAUAUCGUGUUGGAGACAUCGCCUCUCUUCAGGUGCCCAAAGGAGGUAGGCCUGGCUCCUUGGAAGGAUCUUAGUGGCUGUUGUGGGGAGAGAGCUUUGUAGUUGGCUUGACCUCUUACUAGAUGACUAUUUUGCUGUGUAAGACUCUGGAAAAACCUGCUGACUUUAUGGGAGAAAAACAAAUGAAGUGUCCAGCCAAAACUGCAUCUAAAGGGGGUGAGAAACCUUCUGGGUUUUGAACACCUGAGGAGGAAAAGACUUUCCCCUAAACCUCUCUGGGCCACCUCUUUGUUUUGCCUUGUAUAUAUUUUGUGAAUGGAGAGUUUAGCCGCAGAGCCUUGAGCGGCCCUGGAGAGCCUGUGGAAAGGCAAAGAUCAAACUAACUGGAAAACUUAAAUCUGUGGCUUUUUUUUUUUUUUCCAUUGAAAGAAACAAAACCCCCUAAUGUUGUUGUUGCCAGUAAAAUCUCUGAGGUGCUGUUCAGCAAUCUUAUCUGCUGAAAACAUUUCUUGAUUGUGACUUUUUUUUUUUUUUUCCCUUUUGGUAAACACUUCACCAUUUCCCUGUUCCUCUUGCGUUCCUGCUGUAGACGUGCACCUCAUAUCAUGGAAGGGAGAGAGGAAUGUACAUAUGUCCUGGGAGGAUACCGACCAAGAGCAGAAGAAAGGGCAUUUCAGUGGGGGAGUGGGGAAGGGUUGGAGAUUAAUCUUGACUGUGAAAUAACUUGUACUUUUUAUUUUUGUAAUACCCUCUUUCCAACAGAAGAGGGAAUCUUUGUGGGCAUGGACUGCCUGCUUGUUCUCUUGCUGUUGUAACAUUUUCAGCCUGCAUGAGGCAUUCCCUGGAAAGCAGAGUCUUGGUUAAGCUAGUGAUGUGCUAACAACAAACUGCCUAUGAAACACAUGCUGGUUGGAAUCUUCAAAUCCUUGCUUUCAUCAUGCUGAAUGUAGUUCCUGCCACACUGGUGGAGCAAUGGUGACCUCUCGUGGCCAGCUGGCUUAUUGCACAGAGCAGGAUCUCGUGCACUUUGAGCCUGCAAUCUCUCUGUGGCCACAACAAAAGCAAAACAAAAAACCUACGUAGCCCUGUGAAUAGUCUGAGUUGCCAAUGGGAGUCUAGGGUUAGGGGGAGGGUGGCAUGGGCCACAAACUGCACGCGGAGCAGUUAUGAAUCCAAAUAGCUGUGAGUUACAGGCUGUGCACCUUUCAUUUGAAUAGUAACUCUUGGAGCCUGCAGAAAUGGGAACAACGUGGGUUGAAUGAACAUCCCCAUGUUUAAUAUUGCUGUUUCACUGUAAAUGUAAGUUAAAUAGCGAUAUAUAUGUACCUAUAUAUCUAUCUUGAGAAACACUAAUCCUAGGUUGUUAGCCUAAUUAUUAUGUUGCAUGAAUAGUGAUAUUAAUGUCAGCAGGAUACGAUUGGCAUCCGUGCCUGGGGCUCAUGCGGAUAGGAACUUGUGGGCAGUGGAGGGGGAGCAGUGCAUUGUGGGAUUUGGGGCUGUGAAGGGAAAAGUGGUGGCUUAGCAGGGAAUCCCCCUUUUUUUAAAUAACCUUUUGCUUAGAGCAAAAUGGGGCCCAUGAGAAGGAGCAAUGCAACUUGCAGCAGUUGGGAGAAAUCCCUUCCCAUGUCCCGUAGAUGAGUCAAGAGAUCUGACUUCCUGUUGCACUGUGUGCGGUCCUUCACAUCAGUGAACAGUGGGUAUAAGAUGUUCCCAUACUGGUUUGAUUAGUGUCUCUCACCCACUGUGUGCUGGUACAAAGGACCACACAGGGUGUAAGAGAGGGAAAGCACCCUGACUGUCCUGACCGCUUCCUUUCCUAGGGGAGGUAAUGCUGCAGUGCACCAGGCAGCUGCCUGGGGUUUUUAUUCAUAGUGAUGUUCCCUGCAGAGCUGUGUGGUGUUUUUUUUUUCUUUUCUUUUCUUGGGAAGGGACAACAAUGAUCAAUUUAGGCUUCUUUUGUCUAUCUUCUACUCCUCCUCCUCCCCCCCCCCCCCCCCAGGCCCAUCUAUUUCUGGAUGGAGGAUGUGAACCUGGCUUUGCUCGCUACCUCCUGGCCAUCCUAGAAGGGACAGGCCUAACCAUUGGCUUCUUGGGGAGUGGAGAGUUCUCACCUUCUUGUUUUCCUUCCUCUCUGCCGCAUUCUGGAGGAUCAAAACUUCCUGGGACUGGGCUGAGAAGUGUUGGGGCUGGUGUAUGUAACUGAAAGGAGGGAGAGAACUGCAAUUCCCACAAAGCACUGCUCCAUCCAGCAUGGGCACCACAGAGCUGUAUCCUGUUUGGCAUCUUGAUGGUGAAGCCCCUCCUGGUUGGGCUUGGAUGUCAGUGGAGAGUGAAGCAACAAAGGGAAGGGAAGAAUCCUCUGAAUGAAAUUUACGGAGCAAAAAACUACUGUAAAUAACUUUGUUUUCUUGUCAAAUAAAGGUGUUUUAAAAAAAAAAA